AUGGGACCUUUCAAGUUCCUUCGCCGCGAUGAGUCGGAGUCCAGCCAUGCGCGAUCGUCAGAGGAAAAGGCCCUUGUGCGACGCCUCGACAUGUUUCUUCUUACCUUUGGCUGUCUUUCACAAGUGAUCAAAUACCUCGACCAGCAAAAUAUCAACAAUGCCUACGUCUCGGGCAUGCAAGAGGACUUGAACCUUUAUGGCAACCAGCUCAACCUGUUUACUACAUAUUUCAAUGCUGCAUACUGUGUCAUGCUCAUCCCCUCGCAGAUCAUUCUGACCUACGUGCGUCCGAGCUACUGGUUGCCGGGCUUGGAAAUUCUCUGGGGGCUCCUUACCGGAUUGAUCGCCAUGGCCACCAGCGCUAAGCAGAUCUAUGUUCUUCGAGUCUUCUUGGGACUGUGCGAAAGUAGUGCCUGGCCUGGAAUGAUGACCUUGUUCAUGUACUGGUACACGCCAACGGAACUCGCCAAGCGCAUGGGAUUUUAUCAUUCCUGUCAAGCCGUAGGACAGAUGAUGUCCGGGGCUCUCCAAGCUGCCAUAUCCGAUACCCUUGAUGGGCACGGUGGCCUGGCCGGCUGGCGAUGGCUGUUCGUCAUCAACGCCAUUAUCACAGUCGUGUGGGGAUUCGCGGGCUUCGUUAUGAUCCCGGAUCUACCCAACAAUCCCAAUCCUCGUUCGUUCUGGUUCAAGAAAGUCCAUGCCGAACUAUCGAUGGAGCGGCUCGCUCGCAACGGUCGUGCCGAACCGAAGAAGAUGACAUGGGCCGGCGUGAAACGCACCUUUUCUGGUUGGGUCGUGUAUUUCAUCGCCAUUCUCUAUAUCGCGACUGUCCUUGGCACCUACGGAUACGUGUAUUUCUCGCUAUUCCUCAAGUCACUCAAGAAUCCGGAUGGCAGUGCCAGAUGGUCUGUUUCGGAAGUCAACGCCAUUCCUAUCGGAGGGUCUGCCAUCAACGUCGUAUUUGUAUGGAUCUGGGCUCUCUUGUCCGAUUUCUUUCGCACUCGUUGGACCUUGAUCGUCUUCCAGGGAAUCAUCGGAAUCAUUCCGUGUAUUAUCAUGAGCAUCUGGACCUCUCAUCCCAGUGCAGUUCCUUUGUCGGGUGCAUACGCGUCUUAUUUUAUCAGCUUCAUAUGCCUCGGAACUGCCCCUCUGAUCUUUGCCUGGCUGUCGGACCUCAUCCCACAGGAUCCCGAGGCUCGUACCCUUGUUGUCGGAGUCUCUGUGGCUGGAUACUAUGCCAUCUCUGCAUGGAGUCAAGUCCUGGUCUGGCCCGCAUCCCAAGCACCGUAUUACAGGUACGGUUGGCAGUCGGCCCUGGCACUCUUGGUCCUUGUCAUCAUUAUGACUUGUGCACUACGCUAUAUUGAUGUGCGGUAUCUCUUACCCAAACGUGCUGCGUUCCAAGCCACUAUCGAUGCACAGGCAGUCGGUGGAAAGACGACUAGCGUAUCGGGGCGGUCAGAGAGUCACGAUACAAGGGGACAGCCGUCUGGCGUCGAUCGCAAGAGAGGACAGACAACUACCGUGGAUGAAGUGUGUUAA